CGCUACUUUCAGUGGGAAUUUAAGCACCCAAAGUGGACGCUCAGGGUGGAGGAACCUGAGAAGGGGCAGCCGUUCACCCUCCACUCAUUCCAACUCUACUACGCAUGCACGGAGCUGUUCUGACGCUGCGAGUGACCAGCACAAGAGAGAACUGGUCAUAACAUCUCUAGAGACAUUUGUGGGAUCGUUGGUGAGACCGGAGCGCGGGCCGGUGCGGCUCCCCGGGACUAUGGCCGGGUCUGACACCGCGCCCUUCCUCAGCCAGGCAGAUGACCCAGAUGAUGGGCCAGUGCCUGGCACCUUGGGCUUGCCUGGGUCCUUGGGAAACCCAAAGUCCGGAGAGCCCGAGGUGCCAGAUCAGGAGGGGCUGCAGCGCAUCACCGGCUUGUCGCCGGCCCGGUCGGCUCUCAUCGUAGGUGUGCUGUGCUACAUCAACCUCCUGAACUACAUGGACCGCUUCACCGUGGCCGGCGUCCUACCAGACAUCGAGCACUUUUUCAGCAUCGGAGACAGUAGCUCCGGCCUCAUCCAGACCGUGUUCAUCUCCAGUUACAUGGUGUUGGCACCUGUGUUUGGCUACCUGGGUGACAGGUACAAUCGGAAGUAUCUCAUGUGCGGGGGCAUUGCCUUCUGGUCCCUGGUGACGCUGGGGUCAUCCUUCAUCCCCAGAGAGCGUUUCUGGCUGCUCCUCCUGACCCGGGGGCUAGUGGGGGUCGGGGAGGCCAGUUAUUCCACCAUUGCGCCCACCCUCAUCGCCGACCUCUUCGUCGCUGACCAGCGCAGUCGAAUGCUCAGCGUGUUCUACUUUGCCAUCCCAGUGGGGAGCGGUCUGGGCUAUAUUGCAGGGUCCAAAGUGAAGGAUGUUGCUGGGGACUGGCACUGGGCUCUGCGGGUGACACCAGGCCUGGGGGUAGUAGCUGUUCUGCUGCUGUUCCUGGUAGUACGGGAGCCACCCAGGGGAGCUGUGGAGCGCUACUCAGAUUCACCGCCCCUGAACCCCACCUCGUGGUGGGCAGAUCUGAGGGCUCUGGCAAGAAAUCGUAGUUUCAUCCUGUCUUCCCUCGGCUUCACUGCUGUGGCCUUUGUCACGGGCUCGCUGGCCCUCUGGGCUCCCGCAUUCCUGCUGCGCUCCCGUGUGGUCCUGGGGGAGACCCCACCCUGCCUUCCUGGAGAAUCCUGCUCUUCUUCAGACAGUCUCAUUUUCGGGAUCAUCACAUGCCUGACCGGGGUCUUGGGUGUGGGUCUGGGUGUGGAGAUCAGCCGCCGCCUACGCCACUCCAACCCUCGGGGAGACCCUCUGGUUUGUGCUGCUGGCCUUCUGGGCUCUGCUCCUUUCCUCUUCCUGGCCCUGGUCUGCGCCCGUGGUAGCAUCGUGGCCACCUAUAUUUUCAUCUUUAUUGGAGAGACCUUGCUGUCCAUGAACUGGGCCAUCGUGGCUGACAUUUUGCUAUAUGUCGUCAUCCCCACUCGACGUUCCACUGCUGAGGCCUUCCAGAUUGUACUAUCUCACCUGCUGGGUGACGCUGGGAGCCCCUACCUCAUCGGCCUGAUCUCCGAUCGCCUCCGCCGGAGGUGGCCCCCAUCCUUCCUGUCGGAGUUCCGGGCCCUGCAGUUCUCACUCAUGCUCUGUGCGUUCAUUGGGGCGCUGGGUGGUGCUGCCUUCCUGGGCACCGCCAUCUUCAUUGAGGGUGAUCGCCGGCGGGCCCAGCUCCAUGUGCAGGGUCUGUUGCCUGAGACAGGGCCCACAGAUGACCGGAUUGUGGUGCCCCAGCGAGGCCGCUCCACUCGGGUCCCUGUGUCCAGUGUGCUCAUCUGAGGCAUCACUCACCUAUCCAUACAUCUGCUGCAGCUGGCCCUGGGCCCACCCAUGAGGUGCCUGAGGCUGAAACCCUUGGCCCAGCCCAGCCCAGUUUCCAGGAGAUAGCCCUGGGCUGUGUCCUGGUUCCAGACACUACGUGGAUAGCCCAGGGGAGUGAUGGGGGCCUGGGCGGGGUUUCCCUACACUGGGGCAGUCCCGCAGGCUCGGUGCUAUUUGUAACAAUAAAAUUUGUAGCCAGA